UUUCCAUCAUUUGAAAAAAAUUCAUGAAAUUUUACAUUUUAUUAGCAGGUGUAGUGGGAAGUUUUAUAGGCAUUCAGGGUCAAAAUAUUCGCUUGCGUGAAGCACUUCUGAGAUCAGGUGAUUAUCUGAACGAUGUUGAUGGGGAUAACAUACCAGGGCAAGCUGGAUUAGAUUAUCCAGUACAUGCUUCAGUACCUGAAGGAACAAGCUUCCGAUGUUCUGAUUAUGAUUAUGCUGGAUAUUUUGGAGACGUUGAAGCUGGGUGUCAGGCCUACCACGUUUGCUUUCCAGAUGGGCGGAACGCCAGCUUUCUUUGUGUGAAUGGAACUAUUUUUCACCAGCGAUUUUUCGUUUGUGAUUGGUGGUUCCAUUUCGAAUGUGGUAAAGCACCAAAUAUGUAUGAAUUGAAUCUAUACCGCAAAAUACCCCUUCCUGUCCUGCCACCGGUGCAAAGGAAGCCAUUUGUAAGACCAACAAAUCCUCCGCCGAACUCUUUGCCAGGACCCAUUCCACAACCCAGAUCAAACUCGGUUUCUCAAAAUCCUAAUCCUUCACCACGGAAUCCCAAGAGACUGGAUAUAGAUAAUCCAAAAACCGAUAGAACCCAAGGAAAAGAUAAGAACAAAUGGAAUAAAGACAGAGAACCGCCAAAUUCUCGCCGAACUUUCACCAACUCCUCAUUGAGCGUUGGGAUAAAAAUGAAUGAUCAAUGCUACUGUGAUUGUCCAGCCAACCAACCAGAAAAUCAUCUUUCUCCGGCCGUCAUAUACCUUUAAGUGAACAAUAUUUUCUGAUUGCGAGCCAUGUGUGCAGUAAUCACCGACCAGGUAUCUUUUUUUUGAAAAAUCAAUCUAUCUUAGAAUCACAUUCACAUCAGUUUUUGUUAGUGUAUUUGUCACUAUCUCAUUGUUUAUAUCUACUUGAUUCAAAGAAAAAUAUGAGCACAGACAGCAAUGAUGAAACUUUUGAUUUGAACUAUAGUCAAAGUCAGACAAUUCCACUAUUGUACUCUGAAUUUAGCAUUAUUAAAAUAAGAGUUUAAUCAAAUAA